GUAACCAUGGUGCUUCUCUUCUUCUACCCCCGCCAAAUUUGACUUUCUCUCUCUGAUUCUCUCUCUCUCUCUCUCUUUGAUCUGUGAUUUCCAUUUCCACGCGAAGAAAGAAAAGGAAAAAAAAGAAGAAGGAUAGAAAACCCUAGAACUUGAUUUUCUCCCCUCGGGAACUGGAUCCGAGUGAAUGUGCAGAGUCGUGCGGUGAUGGCGGGGAAGUCUGACUCAGUGUCGAUCCGAGUUCCCUACAAGAACCUCAGGAACGAUUCUUCUGCUGCAGAAGUGGAACUCGUCGGCGUCGAGGACGAUCCUCGCCACCGGAUCGACCUUAAUUCGCCGUCUUCUAAUGGAUCUCCCAAUCACUUGCCGGCGAAGAAUAACGCCACCUUAAUGAAUCUGGUUCUCAGUUGCACCGUCGCCGCCGGCGUUCAAUUCGGAUGGGCCUUGCAGCUUUCUCUUUUGACCCCCUACAUUCAGACAUUGGGAAUAGGACAUGCGUUCUCUUCAUUUAUCUGGCUUUGUGGCCCCAUUACAGGUCUUGUGGUUCAACCCUGUGUUGGUAUUUGGAGUGAUAAAUGUACUUCAAAGUUUGGCAGAAGACGUCCAUUCAUUCUGGCAGGAUCUCUUAUGAUCUCUGUGGCUGUGAUAUUAAUCGGGUAUUCCGCAGACAUUGGAUAUGUAUUAGGGGAUACAAAUGAGCAUUGCAGAACAUUUAAAGGGACCCGAACAAGGGCUGCCCUUGUAUUUAUUCUUGGGUUCUGGAUGCUGGACCUUGCCAACAACACAGUUCAGGGGCCAGCUCGAGCACUUUUGGCUGAUCUGUCGGGUCCGGAUCAACGCAAUGUAGCAAAUGCUAUAUUUUGCUCAUGGAUGGCAGUCGGAAACAUCCUAGGAUAUUCUUCUGGUGCUAGUGGAAAGUGGAACAAAUGGUUCCCUUUCCUGACAAAUAGAGCUUGCUGUGAAGCCUGUGGCAAUCUUAAAGCAGCAUUUCUUGUUGCUGUGGUGUUUCUGACAUUAUGCACCCUUGUGACCUUAUAUUUUGCUGAUGAGGUUCCACUUACAACUGAGAGUCAGCAUCAUCGCUUAUCAGAUUCUGCUCCUUUAUUGGAUGAACAACAACAAAAUGGCAUUGAAUUUUCAAAAUCAAAGCCUUUACCUGUUAUCAAUGAAUUCAAUGGCAAGAUGAGUGAGGAUAACAUUGAGAACGAUGUAGAGAUGAAGCAUGAGAAUUUCAAAGACGGGGAAGAUCAUACUGAAAAUUUAAUGGAUGGGCCUGGGGCAGUAAUGGUAAACUUGUUGACCAGUUUGAGGCACUUGCCACCUGCUAUGCAUUCAGUGCUUGUUGUAAUGGCUCUUACUUGGUUGUCAUGGUUUCCCUUUUUUCUAUUUGAUACGGAUUGGAUGGGGAGAGAAGUUUAUCAUGGGGAUCCUAAAGGGAACUCUUCUGAAAUAGAUCUUUAUGACCAAGGUGUUAGAGAAGGUGCAUUUGGUUUGCUAUUGAAUUCUGUUGUCCUUGGAAUUAGCUCUUUCUUAAUUGAACCAAUGUGUAAGUGGAUGGGUGCAAGAUUAUUAUGGGCAGUGAGCAAUUUUAUCGUCUUUGUUUGCAUGGCUGGCACUGCUGUCAUUAGUCUACUUUCCAUCCGAGAUUAUUCUGGAGGGAUAGAACACGUAAUUGGAGCUAGUGAAACAAUCAAGGUUGCUUCCUUGGUUGUGUUUGUUCUUCUUGGUUUUCCUCUUGCAAUUACCUAUAGUGUUCCCUUUGCGGUCACAGCAGAGUUGACUGCUGAUUCAGGUGGUGGCCAAGGAUUGGCUAUAGGAGUUCUAAAUCUUGCAAUUGUCGUUCCACAGAUGAUUAUAUCCCUUGGUUCUGGUCCAUGGGAUGCUCUUUUUGGCGGCGGCAAUAUUCCUGCUUUCGUUUUGGCUUCCUUCUGUGCUCUUGUGGGCGGUAUUAUUGCAACUCUCAAACUGCCAAAUUUGUCUAGCAGUUCCUUCAAGUCAUCAGGAUUUCAUAUUGGCUAGCGAUUACGAGAUCGAAUCUGGUAAUAUUUAACUUGUACAUGAUCCUCAGAAAUUGGAAGAACGUAUCUAAGUAUGAAGAGCUGACACGGUAAUUAUCUGUUAUGUUGCUUUCCAAUCCACAGAAAGCGCAUCCCAUAUUCAAAUUCUUUCAUUUUUCCCCCCACAUUUUGGGCGUUUGUAUUCUAUGUAAUAUGUUAACUGAUAAAACAAUAGAAGAAAGCUUAGGUGAAUAUAGUAAUACGUUUUUGUAAUCACUGUUAUUCAGUCAAUUAGUGAUUACAAUAAGAUGAGAUCAAUUUUGAAAAUUAAUCUUGUUCUCGGAGUUGCGUAAUAGACUAGGCCAUGCACAAAAUUCCGUAUCAUCCAUCCCUGUCGCAUGUGGUAUUGUAGAUAAUGUACGAAGCUAAUGUUGAGGUAGUUUUGUUGAAAGUAGAGCACACUGGCAUGUGAAACACCAUAGGUUGUCUGAAGCUAAUCUUCAAGGGAUGUUUGUGUGCUGUGUCUGUGCUGUAAAAUAGAACCUAUCAACGGUUGACUAGUGCCUGGUUUGGGAUGCAAAAGCAUGUUGCUGGUUAAGUGUGUGUUAUGUUGCUACCAGAAUUGCGUUUCCGGCUUUUGAA